CAUGUGUAGCCAAUGUCACCAACCAAUGGCUCUGCGCUCGAUUUCAUCCUUUCCCAGACGAAGUCCAAUGUAGAUUUCCUCAUCGCUCAGAACCAUAUCUCACCUGAAGCUGGUCGCGAGAUUCUCAACCGUCUUCCCACUCCCUCAUCUCUCGAUAGUUUGAACGAUCAUGCACGCAAUUUGAAUAUAACCUCAGGACCUGAAUAUGCUCCUGCAAUUUCUAGCUACACUUCAGCUUCAAAUUAUCCACGCGCUAAAGCGAUUUGGGGAUACAAUGAAGAGCAGAUUGACCCUAAUGACUUGUCCUUCCGUACUGGAGACAUCAUCGAAGUUACAUCCGAAACUAACAAGGAUUGGUGGACUGGUCGCUUCAAUGGAAGUGAAGGCCUCUUUCCAUCGAACUAUGUAGAGAAACUUCCUCCGAGUGUGUUACCACCGAAACCAGAGCGCGUUCCCAGUUAUGACAAUUAUGGACCUCCUUCUGGACCUCCCCUCUCCCGUGCUCCCAUACCUCAUUAUGGGCCUCCUCCUGGACCUCCCGGCCCCGGUUACGGGCCAACUUAUCAUCCUCCAAUAGGUUAUCAGGGACCUCCUCCGGGACCUCCUCAAGCUUAUCCUCCAUACGCAUCUCCUCCUCCAGCUCCAGCAUCGGCCCCUCCAGCUCCCGUGGCAGAGCCAAAGAAGGAAAGCAAGUUCGGAGGCUUGGGCAAUACUCUUGCUCAUUCCGCUGUCGGAGGCGCUGGCUUUGGUGCAGGUUCUGCAGUUGGAAGUGGCUUUAUCAACUCGAUAUUCUAA